AUGAAGGAUAUGAGGCUAAAAGGAGGAGCAGAAGGCCCCAAAUGUGUGGCGAAAGGGAGCAAGAGCUUUGUGAUUCCAUUUGGCCAUCUCUUACCCUUCAUCAACGUUUGCCUUCUCUGCGUCUUCCUAGCAAUUGGCACUUGUCUUCAGUGUGAGUUCUGCAGUAGUGUGGGCACCACCUGUACUGGUACAAUGAAGACUUGUGGCACUGAUGAAGAUACCUGCAUUGUUAGCCUGAUGGAGAUAUCAGAUAGUCGAACAACUAUGUCCUUCAUCGGUAAGGACUGUGGCUCAUCCAGUGAAUGUAAAAUUGGUAUCAGAGAGAUUAAUUUGGGAAAUGGAGUGCAAGUGAGGAUGAACAGAAUCUGCUGCAGUGGAGAUGCAUGCAAAACAGCCUCACCUCCAUCACUACCACCACCAGACAUCAAUUCUAAUGGACUCCAGUGUCCUGGCUGCUUUGGAAUGUUUUCGACCGAAUGCUAUGGAAGACCUGUUUCCUGUACCGGAUCUGAAACCCAGUGCUUUGAUAUGGCUGGGAAUGUAACAUCUGGUCCAUUUAAUAUGAAUAUGGCCACGAAGGGCUGUGGUAAUAAUGCUGUCUGCAAACAUUUAAAAGCAGGUUUCUUCAGCUUUGCCGACAGAAAUGCAAAUCUGACUAAAGGAAUAAAGCAGCCUAUUCCACCAUCAGCUUCAGCAUUAUCACAUCAGCUAACAAACCGCUAUAUCAAAAUUGUUGAAAACAAUGAUGGAAUGGAUGAAGGCAUUCCAGAGUUUCCCAUCACCUGGGUGAUAUUCACUUCUGAAAUAAUUGAGAUGAAAAGAAAAUAA